AAAACGAAGAGAAAAGGAGCAGCGGCAGGCAACAGGCAGGCAGGCAGGAGCACAGCCCAGCCCGCCCGGCACCAACACCUGCUCCUGCUGCUUCUGCUCGCCCUCGCCCCCUGCUGCGUUUUGUGCCAUCGCCAUUUGCGAUUUCUUUCGAGGAAAAAGGGAAGCAAGCGCGGAAAUACUCCACAGAUACUACUCACCUACCGCUCCGAUCCGGCCACCAAGCGCAACCAAUAUCUCGCUCCCUUUCUCUUUCUCCGUCUCCCUCCUCCGCACAGCGCACGCGCAGGAGGCCGCUGCCGGGAGGCCCAUCUCUAUCUCUCUCCGCUGGAUCCUCCGGCCUCUCGCGGUCCGGUGGAGCGGAGAUCCGGCCGCUCGGGCGUCGGCUGCUUCCUCGUUCUGCCGGUGAGUUGGCCUUCCUAACUGGAACCUUGGUGGGUUAUUUAUUCUUAUUCCAUGCCUCUGAGCUGUUCUUGUUCUCAGUCAGAUCCAAAUUGUCCUUGGUUCCCUUCCUCUAUCUCUCUGCCCAUUCUGUUUGCUCCGGAUUUACCUGUAGCGCGGACUCCAUCCAUGGUGUGAGAUUAGCUUCUUCUGCUUGUUCCGCAGCGUUCAGGAUCAUGCAAUUCGGGCUCUUGGGACCAAAUUGAGGUUGCUAAAAAAAUAAAAAAAAAUCCUGAUGGGUUAUUUCCCACAGCCGCCACAGCCGCAGACCCACACGAUGGAAGCUAAAUGUGCUAGCUGUUGAUCCUUGCGUGUACCUGUACACGACCCGUACCGAGAUCGCCAUCGCUGGAAUUUAUUACCUAGUCUUGAUUGGAGGACAGCUACUAUUCUUGCUUCCCUUCCAGCCCAAGAUAAUGUACUCCCGUGUACUGCCCGUCUUAACUGCUCCCAUUUAGUCCAGGAAGCUGUCCUUUCCUUUGCGCAUGUUCCGUGGAUCCAGAUUCAUGCAUUUGCAUUUUGCUGCGUGGAGAGCUGCUGUAUGCCCAUCGGCGGAGCAAGAAGCUGGCAUCCCGCCAUGUCGUCACCGAUGCCCUCCCCUACUCUGAAGGACCAUCUCUCCACGCCUACAGGCCCCUUGCAUCUCAAAGUAUGGGAGGUCAUAUGCAUUGCCUUGGGAGCUUUCAUGGUGCUCGUCUUGUUUGCCACCGUGUGGCUCACGCUCAGGAGCAAGAAGAGGGUAAGGCGGCGGGCAUCCGCAAAUAUCCCAAUCACCCAAAUCCCUGCAAUUUCCAAGGAAAUCAAGGAGGUGAGGGUGGAGCAAGUGCCGGCCAGCGACUUUGUGGCGCAUGAUGGCGUCCUCCUCACGUUCCAGGACAAGACCAGCGACCGGGAUUCGGACAAGGUCAUGGCCCAUUUGGGUGUUAGCAAAUCGAAGCGUGGUGAUGAGAGCCAUUCGGGGUCAUUUCGCUACAUGGACAAGGAUGCAGGAUUCCAGUCAGCUGAGGAAGGUGGCUCUGGAACGUUUCGGCAGACUUCAGCUAAUGCCAUAGUUGCUCCUUCACCUCUGGUUGGCCUGCCCGAGUUUUCAUACCUUGGUUGGGGUCACUGGUUUACGCUGAGGGAUCUGGAGCUUGCUACCAAUCGCUUUUCAAAGGACAACAUUAUUGGUGAGGGUGGAUACGGUGUAGUUUAUCGCGGGCAGCUAAUCAAUGGCUCCCCUGUUGCUGUCAAAAAGCUUCUCAAUAACCUAGGUCAAGCUGAGAAGGAAUUUAGAGUAGAAGUUGAGGCUAUUGGUCAUGUUCGACACAAGAACUUGGUCCGGCUUCUUGGUUAUUGCGUGGAGGGUACCCAAAGGAUGCUUGUCUAUGAGUAUGUGAACAAUGGAAACCUAGAACAAUGGCUUCAUGGAGCUAUGAGUCAACAUGGCUCUCUUACAUGGGAGGCCCGCAUAAAGAUUCUUCUUGGGACUGCUAAAGCGCUUGCUUACUUGCAUGAGGCGAUUGAACCCAAAGUUGUGCACCGUGACAUCAAAUCCAGCAAUAUUUUGAUUGAUGAUGAGUUCGAGUCCAAAGUAUCAGAUUUCGGUUUAGCCAAGCUUCUUGGCGCUGGAAAGAGUCAUGUCACCACUAGAGUUAUGGGUACCUUUGGGUAUGUGGCACCAGAGUAUGCAAAUACUGGACUCUUGAACGAAAAGAGUGACAUUUACAGCUUUGGAGUCGUUCUCCUUGAAGCAAUUACCGGAAGGGAUCCUGUUGACUAUGGACGCCCACCAAACGAGGUGAAUCUAGUUGACUGGCUAAAAAUGAUGGUUGCCAGCAGGCGGUCAGAAGAAGUAGUGGAUCCCACCAUAGAGACACGACCUUCGACGAGAGCUCUAAAGCGUGCACUUUUGACAGCUCUGAGGUGUGUGGAUCCAGAUUCAGAGAAGAGACCGAAGAUGGGUCAAGUUGUCCGGAUGCUGGAAUCGGAUGAUCCAAUUCCUCGAGGGGACAGAAGAUCUAAGCACCACCGUGGAGGGAGCACAGAAAUGGAUUCGCAAAAGGACAACAACUCCGACACGGAGAAGAGUGAUAAUGCAGAUUCGAAACCUAGCAGGACCAGAGCAUCGUCGUCCAAAUGAGCAAACCAGCAUUUCACCUAUUACAGUCUUCGGCACAUUGCAUGGACUGGGGGCUACGUCUAUUUUACAUUGCUGACGAAUUGGUAACUGAAAGCUCUGAAGAAAGACCUAUUUUUCUUUUCUUUUCUUUUCUUUUCUUUUUGUUGCAACAAUUUAUGAUUUAUUUGUAGAGAAGGUAUUGGUUUUUGUACUUAUCAAUGUGUACGUACCGGUGCUCUUGACAAUUGCUGCUGUAAGUUUUUAACAUUGUGUACAGGCGUAGCAUCAUGAAUACUGGCGGAAUGCCCACAAUAUUUGAAAUGAUUAUGUUUAAAUGAAA